CAUUCCCUGUUUCGGUGUUUCAGUAUUGGUCAGAACCUACCGCCUUGGACAUGGACACUCACAUCAGCCAAACGAGUCAGUCCACCUAGUCGACAAGGCGUAUAACGUUCAAACUGUUUAGGAUGGAUGUUCGACGAAAGGAGGGCGUAUUCUGUCCCACCUGUGGCACUCGUCACAAACACAUGCUCAGGCCAGCCAAGCGUUCACCUGAAUUAACAGGGUUGCGGGUGGUCCAAAUCGUGAUCAAGGUCUUCUAAACUCUGUGUCAGCAAAGCAUUUACCCACACAGGACUGUUGAGACCGAGGAUGAAGAUGAGGAUGAAGGGGACGCUGCUGCUGCUGCUGGAGCACAUCCUGCUCUUAUGUCUAUGUGAAGCCUUACGUCCUGGUGAAAGAAUCGGUCAGAGUCUACUGCAACAGAAGAGACAGGGCGUUAAACAGGCGCAGAGCGGGCGAGGACAACAGGUAUUGCAGAAUCCUUCUGGUCAAGGUCAUGGUAAAGGAAGACCUGGUUAUGCCCCGAAGGGAGUCGGCGUAGGUAAAGGACACCUCCAAAGGCCACAAACACCAGGUCAAGGGCACCGACAAUGUGGACACUAUAAGUGUAUCAACUUCCCUGGGCUGGUUUGUGACAGAGGCCGCGGCAAAUGUAAUUGUCCUGGGGGCAAAGUCGGAGAUGGACGGGUCCAGUGCGCUGAUCCAGCCCGACAAUGCCUCUGCACGAUGUAUGGCGACCCCCCCACGUGACCAACUUCAAAGGCGAAACGUUUACACUUCCGCUUCCGUGUAACCACGUGCUUGCUGAUUUGACCACGCCCCCAAGCAGACUCAGUAAACGGGGAUGCCGGGUGUUCAUCACCGGUAGGGCCAAGUUCUCAGGCAGGCAAAAUAAUUCAGACAUUUCCUAUGAGAACCAAGUAGAAAUCUCUGUGUCAACCCUGUCUGCAGUCUUCACAACUUCCAUCAACGAAAGGGGUUUCAACAAUCCUCAUUUGACUCACGUGAGCACAGGUGUGAAGGGCAGCGCUGAGGAAGGUAGCAACGAGGUCGACAACCGCCAGCGUCCCAACAAUGCCGGCAAAAUACAACAAAUCCAGCAGUACAAGACAGUCGGAAGACGCCGUCGAGGCUCCUAUGAUCUCCGCGUCCACACCCGGACUGACGAGGAUGGGUUUAAUCAAGUCACUAUCCCUUUCUGCCAACUGAAUGUGAAAUACAGGGCCCACGACGGAGCUUUCUCUCUCCAGACACCCGUAAGGUCAGCUGAGAGACGGGGUCUGUGUGGACGGUGUGGCGGGAAAUCAGACCGAGGCAGCUCCGCGCUGACCCGACAGCAGUCACUACAACUGGUACUAGCUUCCCUGUACGCACUAAGCCCAGUCGACCAUACGGACGCUAACAUAUACCCUUCAUGCACAGCACUGACGCAAACCUUCGCCUCGUGUCCACGCCAAAGAAAACCACAUGCAACAACAUUCUGUGGUGAAAUGCUCACCAACCCGGAAGUCAAUCACUGCCUCGCCGGGAAGGGUGGAAAGGAGCACGUGCCAGACAUAUUUGCCAACUGCUUCCGGUUCGUGUGUACAAGACACGUACAAUGCGGGAAGUACCUGACGCUGUUCAGCGACUGUCUUCCAAAAGCUCGGGCGACAGAACUCGUCAAAGACAAGCGUUUCUGUACUUAAAGACGCAUAUCUUCAUUGUAUGCAUUACACACAACCGUUGAUGUAUUACUUUGUCGUAAACAUUUCUUUCUUUGUGAGACCAGCUUGGUUCCGAUUAUGCUAUUUCCUAAUAUACUUUAUGUAAACGAAAUACCUGUUGAUUAUAUUAUUCUGUAUAAUGUAAAAAAAUUAAAAGGACUUUCAAAGCUUUUAAA